AUGACCCCAGACGCCAGCAACAAUGAUGACGAUGGUCUUCAACGAUCUCACGGUGCGCCAAAGCCACUAGACACCGACGAGGAAAAGAGAGCAGCAGAACUCAUUCAAGUGAGUACACUUCUUGCGCCUGUCCGGCAGAAGCUGACGACGCGCGGCGCACCUUCCGAGGCCACAGAACACGACGUGGAUAAACAGUUCCAGGAGGAGAUCGAGGGUCCCGUCUCGUCACAACCUCAAAGAGGUGGAAACACACCCCCUUCACGGGCGAAUUGGACUCAUGUAAUCAAUGUCGCAAAACGCGCAGCAAAAGAUGACCACUCGUCCUCGGAAAGUAAUGAUGAUGCCAACGAUGGCCAUUACGGCCAGGAGACUGACCCUAGCAACUUGUCGCCGGAACAACGCGUGGCUCUCAAGCGUCAGCGACAGGAGGCUCGAGAGCUUAGCAAGAAGAAGGCUAAGAUGAUGGAGCUACAGUACUGGUUGGAAUUCGUCGACAAAAAGCAUCGGCAUGGCAGCAAUCUACGCAAAUACCACGUGCAUUGGCAGUCUUCAGACACAAACGAAAACUUCUUUUACUGGCUUGACCAAGGUGGUGGUAAGCACCUCGAUCUCCCAGAGUGUAGCCGCGAACGGCUCGACCACCAACAAGUCAGAUAUUUGUCACGUGAAGAACGACUCGACUACCUCGUGGAAGUAGGUACUGACGGACUGUUGCGGUGGGCGAAGAACGGCCAAAAGGUUUGGACCAAAGAUGAAUUAUUCAAAGACAGUAUACAUGGAAUCGUGCCAGCGACCGACCCGACGCCCGCCUUUAAGCACAACGUUAAGCCUGAAUCGUCGUCGUCGUCGUCGUCGUCGUCUUCGGAAUCAUCCUCGGACGAUGAAGAUUCCAGCGAUGAAUCGAGCCUGUCACACGCUACUAACGCCCCAGAUGAAGGAGAAAACUAUAUCAACGAGGACUUCCACCGUGCCAGUGGCCCCGCCAAGCUAAAAUACGUCUCCGCUGGUGUCGUGUUCAACCACAUGAUUCGCAAAUCCCUCCAGAAAGGCCAUAAGUGGAUCUUUGUUUGCGACACCUCCUUGCGGCUGUACAUCGGGUACAAGCAAACUGGCGCGUUCCAGCACUCUUCCUUCCUGCACGGUUCACGCAUCCUCGCUGCGGGUCAGAUCAAGGUGAAAGACGGCCAGCUCCGCCGGCUUUCUCCUCUGUCAGGACACUAUCGACCACCCGCCGCCAAUUUCCGUACCUUUGUCAAAUCACUGAAGUCGAGCGGCGUGGACAUGUCGCACGUGAGCGUCUCGCGCAGCUACGCCGUGCUGGUGGGUCUUGAAGGAUACGUGCAGUCGCGCAGAAAGGUCAAGAAGGCGGAAAAGGAGGUCGCUCAUCGGAAAGACCGGAUCUUCAAACCGGAAAAAGCCAAGGAAGAGGAAGAGAAGCAGCUGGACAACAGCAAGAGCGCGGCCAAAGAACGCGAGUUUCUGGAGCAGCAACAGCUCGCAGAGGCCAAGGCGCAGCGGCAGGCGAAGCUAACGAAAAGAUCGAGUCGGAAGCAGAGCUUGUCGACGUGGUUGCAGCGGCUGGGGUUGAGGUCACGCGGGAGCCAAAGUGAUGUCGACGACGGUGCGGGAAGGGCCACACGGCGCGAGGAUCAAACGGAUCAUAGGACGGGUCCGGAAGACGGCAUUCCGCGGCCCGACGAGCCCGUGGUGAGGAAAAGUGGGAAUCCGUGA